GAAAUUUGGGAUUCGGGGACUCUUCCCCAACAAGCUAACAAAAUAUCCCAUUUAAUAAUAUUUGCUCUCUGUGGACUUCCUCUCAUUGCACCUUUUCAAAAACUAUCACCGUAAUAUCAGUCCCCUCUGUCUAUUCUACAAAACCCCUCCAAAAAAUACGUGAUCGGAAGACUUAUUCCGGCGACCACCGUGCCGGAAAAGAAAGCAAAGAUCAGCAUAUGCAGAGAAAAAUAAUCAACAUACAAUGGGUGCAUAUCUAACGAAAGAACCACAUAUCAGCGUGAAUCUUUUCAUAGAUGAAGAGAAAAAUAAAGUUUUGUUUGUGCAAGCACAAAAAGACUUCAUGGAUGUGUUACUAAGCUUCUUAACUUUUCCUAUGGGCACGAUUGCUAGGCUUGUGAGUAAGAACUCAAACAUCCAAAAAGUUAGAGUUGGAAGCAUAAGCUCUUUGUAUGAUAGCGUUGUCAACCUUGAGGAAAAGCAAUUCUGGACACCUGUUUGUAAAGAAAUGCUGCUUCGACCAAGGAAUACGAUGGAAGAAUAUUGCGAACAUAUAAAGCUUAACAUCGAUGACACAGAGAAAAUGAAGUACUUUGUAUGCGAGGAUUGGAACUGUAGUCGUAAAUCAGGGGCAUUGUUGAGUACUUUCAGGAAUCAAAAAUGCAGGUGUGGGAAACCAAUGAAUCGAGAGAUAUUUCAUGAAAGUUCAUCUACCGAUCGAAAUGUUGAUUUUGAUGGGUUUGUUCCAGAGACUGCAUCUUUCAUUAUUUCAGAUGAUUUGAGUGUAAAGCCUGAUACUUGUCAUGGGACUAUUUUCAAACCUCUAAAUCUUCCAGAAAGCCGUGAUUUGGAUGCUAUCAAGCAAGUCACUAUAAAUGUCACUCAAAGAGAUACUGGACUUGCUCAAGUGCUCCUUAUUUUCAAUGACACCUUUAACAGAUGUAUUCUUGAGAAAGAAUUUGGCAACUGAGAAUAGGAUUACACAAUCCGUCACUUCAUUUGAUUCUGGUACUAGUGACCUUAAAUCUAAGUCAAGAGAGAGAAAAAUAACAGUAAAGCUACUGGUAAGAAAAUCAAGCAACACAGUAUUGUUUGCUUUAGGUGGAGAGGAUUUUGCAGAUUUCAUAAUUAGUUUGUUGACAUUCCCCUUAGGUGGUGUGGAAAACAUGUUAAAUGGUAACUCUUACAUGGGAAGCAUUGAUAAUCUAUACCAGAGCAUCUCUGUUUUGGAUCGUAGUAAAUAUUUAAGAUCUUCUUAUGUGAUGGAUAUGCUACUUAAAACCCCGCUUGCACACCAUUUUAAAAUUAGCAACCAGAUGUUACCCAUCGAUGAAGUUUCUGCUGUCGGUUACGCUUGUGACAGUAAGAAAAACUAUGGUGAAGUAGUUAGCGGGUCUUUAGUUUCUUCAAAUGGGGGUUCUUAUUCGACAAAUCUACGCUCAUGUAUUCAUUUGGAAUAUUUGGAGCCACAGUCAUCAAUCGGUGAAGCAUAUAACAAUUAUGGUGGAAGAGGAUUCACCAAGAAGCCAUCGCUCUACAUGGUAACUGAUGACUUGGUGGUCACACCAGGUUCGUCCACUUCUGCUAUUACCGUUCUGACUAAGUUGAGAAUUCCUCUCUCUGAUGUGAUGGAAUGUUCAAUCAACAUUGGCCAAAAUGAGUGUCUCAGCAUUUUGAAAGCUUCUUUAAUCUCAUCAUCUGCUCUGACUAAUGGUUUGAGUCAAUUCCUUACAAAAUUUACAUGAACACUGCAAACGAAUAGAGAAUGGAAUCUGAUCCUGCACAACCAAACUUCUACCCUCGUUGCAGUUAUGAUUAAAGAUCCUAAAUCGUGGUGCCUACCGUAGUGGCCUAUAUCCUAAUUACUAUGUCUUAUAUGAAAUGUUCAGUAACGUUUAUUAGUACUUGAAGUGUAAGGAUUGAUUGGGCUGGGCUGCAUUGCCUUAUGCUAUUGAUGUAUUUAAUCAUGUUUUGUAAUUCCUGGUUUCCUAUCAAGUUUUCUGCUUAUGUAGUAUUUGAAUUAGUACUAAUGUACUAUUUACAAUAUGUGAGAUGAGAAAUUUGCCAUCA